AUGUCAGGACGUGGGAAGGGCGGCAAGGGGUUGGGGAAAGGAGGUGCCAAGAGGCACCGCAAAGUGCUCCGCGACAACAUCCAGGGCAUCACCAAGCCCGCCAUCCGCCGCCUCGCUCGCCGCGGAGGAGUCAAGCGCAUCUCCGGGCUCAUUUACGAAGAGACCCGCGGCGUCCUCAAAGUCUUCCUCGAGAACGUCAUCCGCGACGCCGUCACCUACACCGAGCACGCCAAGAGGAAGACUGUCACCGCCAUGGACGUGGUGUACGCUCUCAAGCGCCAGGGACGCACUCUGUACGGCUUCGGCGGCUAACAGAGUCUCCGCUUCCAUAGCAAAACAACAACAAAAGGUCCUUUUCA